AAAUAAAUAAAUUAACAACCGCUCUAUAUAUAUGUGAGAUAUAUAUAUCUCGCUCUCAUCUUCUCCAUUCUACAUACACUGCAAUCACUUAAUAAAAAGGAGAGAAAAAAUGGAGACGAUAUCGAGAGUGGAGAAGAACGGCAAACCCCACGCGGUGUGCAUACCGUACCCUGCCCAAGGCCACAUCAACCCCAUGCUCAAGCUAGCCAAGCUCCUCCACAACGCCGGCUUUCACAUCACCUUCGUCAACACUGACUACAACCACCGCCGCCUCCUCAACUCCCGCGGGCCCCACGCCCUCGACGGCCUCCCCGACUUCCGGUUCGCCUCCAUUCCCGACGGCCUGCCGCCGUCGGAUGCCGACGCCACCCAGGACAUCCCCUCCCUCUGCGUCUCCACCACCACCACGUGCCUCCAGCCCUUCUGCGACCUGCUGGCCAGACUCAACGACUCCGGCGAGCCUCCGGUGACGUGCAUCGUCGGGGACGGGGUGAUGAGCUUCACGCUGAAGGCGGCGGAGAGGUUCGGGCUGCCGGAGGUGAUCUUGUGGACCACCAGCGCCUGUGGGCUGCUUGGAUACAUGCAGUACCGCAGUCUUGUGGAGAAAGGGUAUACCCCUCUCAAAGACAUGAGCCAAGUAACAAAUGGCUAUCUUGAAACAACCCUUGACUGGGUCCCCGGCGUGAAAGACAUCAAACUGAGAGACAUCCCGUCCUUUAUCCGAACCACGGACGCAAAGGACAUCAUGCUCAACUUCUUUAUCCAAGAAAUUGACACCAUCCCUAGAGCUAAAGCCAUUAUCCUCAACACAUUCGAUGCACUGGAGAAAGACAUCCUAGAAACUAUCUCCUCCGUGUACCCAUGUGUGCUCCCAAUUGGGCCCCUCUACCUCAUGGAAGAUAAACAGCUCGACUCCAUGAAAUCGAGCCUAUGGAAGGAGGACUCUAACUGUAUCCAAUGGCUCGACACAAAAGAGCCGAAAUCGGUUGUGUACGUCAACUUUGGAAGCAUCACUGUCAUAACGAGUCAACAACUGACAGAAUUUGCGUGGGGCCUUGCAAAUAGCAAGUACCCAUUUCUAUGGAUCAUACGACCCGAUAUCGUUGCAGGCGACUCUGCUAUGCUCCCACAAGACUUUCUGACCGAGACAAAUGAUAGGGGCAUUAUGGUAAGUUGGUGCCCUCAGAUGCAGGUGUUGAGCCACCCUACAGUUGGAGGAUUUUUGACGCACAGUGGGUGGAAUUCGACAUUGGAGAGUAUUAUCGGUGGGAUCCCUAUGGUGUGUUGGCCUUUCUUUGCCGAACAACAAACAAACUGUCGUUUUAGCUGCGUGGAGUGGGGAAUCGGGUUGGGGAUUGAUAAUGUAACAAGGGAUGAAGUGGAGGUUUUGGUGAGGGAAAUGAUGGGGGGUGAAAAGGGGGAGAAGAUGAAGGAGAAGGCAUUGGAAUGGAAGAGAAAGGCGGAGGAGGCGACUAAGGUUGGGGGCUCUUCCUACUUGAACUUUGAGUUGCUCAAGGAUAAAGGCAAACCCCACGCUGUCUGCAUACCGUACCCUGCCCAGGGCCACAUCAACCCCAUGCUCAAGCUGGCCAAGCUCCUCCACAACGCCGGCUUUCACAUCACCUUCGUCAACACUGACUUCAACCACCGCCGCCUCCUCAGAUCCCGCGGGCCCCACGCCCUCGACGGCCUCCCCGACUUCCGGUUCGCCACCAUCCCCGACGGCCUGCCGCCGUCGGACGCCGACGCCACCCAGGACAUCCCCUCCCUCUGCGCCUCCACCACCACCACGUGCCUCGAGCCCCUCUGCGACCUACUGGCCGGACUCAACGCCUCCGGCGGGCCUCCGGUGACGUGCAUCGUCGGAGACGGGGUGAUGAGCUUCACGCUGAAGGCUGCGGAGAGGUUUGGGCUGCCGGAGGUGCUCUUCUGGACCACCAGCGCCUGCGGGCUGCUUGGGUAUAUUCAGUACGGCCACCUCGUGGACAGAGGCUACACCCCGCUCCAAGACAUGAGCCAAGUAACCGAUGGCUAUCUCGAUAAAACCAUCGAUUGGGUCCCCGGCAUGAAAGACAUCAAGCUAAGAGACUUCCCAUCCUUUAUUCGAACCACGGACCCAGACGACAUCAUGCUUAACUUUCUCAUUCAAGAAACUGAUGCCAUCCCUAGAGCUAAAGCCCUAAUCCUCAACACGUUCGACGCAUUAGAGAAAGACGUUGUAGACACUCUCUCCUCCAUGUACCCAUGUGUGCUCCCAAUCGGACCCCUCCACCUCAUGACCAAUCACAUCGAAGACAAACGGCUCGACUCCAUGAAAUCGAGCCUCUGGAAGGAGGACUCCGGCUGUAUCCAGUGGCUCGACACAAAAGAGCCCAAAUCUGUUGUGUACGUCAACUUUGGAAGCAUCACUGUCGUGACAGCUCAACAGCUGACUGAAUUUGCAUGGGGCCUUGCAAAUAGCAAGUACCAUUUUCUGUGGAUCAUACGACCAGAUAUCGUUGCAGGCGACUCUGCAAUGCUGCCGCCAGAGUUUCUGACCGAGACGAAGGAUAGGGGCAUUAUGGUAAGUUGGUGCCCUCAGGAACAGGUGCUGAGUCACCCUGCAGUUGGAGGGUUUCUGACGCACAACGGGUGGAAUUCGACGUUGGAGAGUAUAGUGGGUGGGGUUCCGGUGGUGUGCUGGCCGUUUUUUGCCGAGCAACAGACGAACUGUCGGUUUAGCUGCGUGGAGUGGGGAAUCGGAAUGGAGAUUGAUAAUGAUGUGAAGAGGGAUGAGGUGGAGGUUUUGGUGAGGGAAAUCAUGGGGGGUGAGAAGGGGGAGAAGAUGAAGGAGAAGGCCUUGGAAUGGAAGAAGUUGGCGGAGGAGGCGGCUAAGGUUGGGGGCUCUUCCUACUUGAAUUUGGACAAGUUGAUCAAGGAGGUGCUUUUGAAGUAGCAUGUUGGGGUGAAAAGAUAAAAUGACAAGUUAGUUUNUUACUAGUGUUUAUUGUUCCGAGUCUUGUGAGUUUUAUGUCUUCAUUUGCUU